AGCAGCAGCAUCAUCUUGGCUGCAGUCUGCCAUCAGCAUCAGUACCAGUCUGCAUCCAGCUUUCGGACUACUGUAUUAUCCACACCCAGCGCUCCCAGCACGGGUGUCAGGCAAGAAGCAGCGACCCCCCGCGGGAUUUUUUUUAAUUUAUUUUUUGUGGGGGGUGGGUAGAAAGUGAGCAUGGAGAAGGAGAGGAGCGCGUGGAGGGAGAAGCGGGAUGCGGUGUCUGACGGUCGCGGAGCGAUGCUGCUGUGAGAGAGCCCUCCGUGAGCAGCCAGCUGCGCACCAAGCCGCCCUCUAUAUCCCCCCUCCCUCCAUUCCUCCCUCCCUCCCUCGCUUUCCGUCUCCCGCUCCCUCACCUCCACUCGUCAGCAUCGCCCAUCACCGAACGUGGGGACGGACUCCGGCUCCAGAGGGCUACGCUUGCACCACAGCCGCCACGACCUCCGCCACUGACAUAAAGGGUGAUUUUCUUUUACUGGAUUUAAACACAGUACCCAGUUGCUUCACAGUGUGGCAUCGCCAUCAAAAGACUGCAUUCCAGAAGAGCAAGCUGCUGUAGUGCUCAUCGAGUCAUUGCUCAACUCUCCAUGUACUCUUUCUCUCAUUAACAAGGAGUCUUCAGGGUUGCCAUCCAUGGUUUCUGCCCUAAUCAAGAUUAUAUCAGUUUACAUUGAAAAGAUUUGCAAAGGAAUGUUUACAAAGAAAUUGGCAAACCCAAUCAAGAAGAAAGAGAGAAGUAAAAAUAAAGAGCCAAAACAGACCGCUAACUCUCAAGCACACAAUCUGACUCUGUCGACCACGGUGAAGACCACAGUCAAAAAAAUAUCCAAAUGCUCCUCAGCACGUAACAUAUCGCUGGAAGAAGACGACAGCAAGAACGACUGCUCGUCUCUGUCGCCCACUUUCAGUUACCGUGUAGCUAUCGCAAAUGGACUCCCUAAAACCGCCCCUUUUUUGAAUAAUAAUAAUGAGAGCAUAUUUCCAGAGGUUAUUUCGAUUGACAGUAGCUACUCUGACACACUGAGUGACACAAAGCCUAUCCGGAAACUUGAUGAGCAUAAAUCACACACAAUGCCAGUAAGACGGAACCGGAAAAGCCUUAUCAGCUUGGCUCCCUCUGAUGGGAGCUCUGAGGGCGAACGAGUAGAACGCUCCAGUCUACACACUCUCCGGCUAGGUGCUCUUCGCAAAUUGAGAAAAUGGAAGAAGAGUCAGGAGUGCGUCUCCUCAGACUCCGAGGUGAGCAACUGGAGAAAAACUCUUGGUAUCCGAAGCAAGUCUUUGGACCGUGCGGGACGACAGCAAAAGACCUCAACCCUGGAGCCCGGCUCCUCCUCUACGGGUUGCAUCAGUCAGACACAGGAUGUCAUGGAGAUGAUUUUCAAGGAACUGCAGGGGAUCAGCCAGAUAGAGACAGAACUGUCUGAGCUACGUGGUCAUGUAAACGCCCUAAAGAGCUCUAUUGAUGAGAUUUCAAGCAGCGUGGAGGUAGUUCAGAGUGAAAUUGAGCAACUCCGCUCCGGGUUUGUCCAGUCAAGAAGAGAAACUCGAGAUAUCCAUGACUAUAUAAAACAAAUUAGUCACCAGGCGAAUAACUCAACCUUGCGCUUUCUCAAUGUUCCAGAAGAAAGGUCAGAGAAAACAGAACAUCUUAUUUAUAAAUUACUAAAAGACAAAAUGGGUCUCACUGACGCACAUAAAACAAUUAAAAUUGAGCUUGCUCACAGGUUAGGACAACAAAGAGAAUGUUCUAACGCAAAACCUCGUCCUAUUAUAGUUAUUUUUGCAACCCCCCAAGAUAGGGAUUUAGUUUUAAAGAAAUGCUAUAAACUGAAAGGAACCGGUAUUACAGUUUCCACUGAUAGCUUAACUCGUGAUGGAAAAGACAGAAAGGACAAAACAAUGUCCUCCUCACAAACCUAUGAAAGCAUGGACAUAAAGGUAUCAGGGAAAGAUAAAGUAGAGAGUGAUGACUGGGAUUCGAUGGACAGUGAUAAAGAAUUAGAUGAGUUAAGCAGAAACAAAUAUGCAAUGGUGAUUUCGAAGCCUGCUCACAAGAGUAAAUCAGAAAAAAGGCGAUCCCAUGAACAUAGUCGUUCAGGGGGGGAGGAAGCAGGUUACUCAGGUGCAGUACACUAUGCUGAUGACUCAUACUAUGACCCUGACAAGCACGGGAAGGCUUACUAUUCCGAUGUUACCUCUGGUUGGCUCUCUCAGAGUGACUAUUCCACACCUAAACUUAGUCGCUCUGAAUCAGACUGCUCCAAACUUUGCCAGUCAUACUCCGAAGACUUUUCUGAGAGCCAGUAUUUUACACGGGCAAAUGGCUGCUCGCUGUUGUUGUCGUCUUCAGAUCAGGAACUGUGGCAAAGAAAACAAGAAGAUAUGGCGUCCUCCUGGUAUGCUACCACCAGUCAUGAGAAUCAACCUUAUGAACACAAUGAGAUGGAAACAACAGAGACGGUUGACAGUGGGGUGAGCAAUGGAAUGGUAUGCAUUUCUGGGGAUAGAAGCCACUACAGUGGAUCCCAGUUGUCUUUGCAAGCAGACCUAUCACCUUGGAAGGACUGGCAUCAUAUAGAACAAGGAACAGAUUCAGGCUUGGAAGCAUCUAUAGAGGUCAGCAGUCCGUUUGACCCAACAACCAUCCCUGGUUUUCCAGAGAAUAUAACAAAAUGCCAAGAAGUAGAUUUACAAUUUGAAGGAGAGGAGGAAUUUAUGAUGCUUGACAGAGAGCCUUCUCUGCCACCAAUAACAACCCACAUAAUUCCUCCUAUUGUAGAACGAGAGUCAGUCAAAGCACCAGUCCGCCAGUCCAAAGAGAGUUCCAAGGUGACAGCAAAAGAGAGUGUAAAAGUGUCAUCAAAAGAUGUCUCUAAAGCAACAGCUAAAAUCACAAACAAACAAACAAAGAUUGGGUCAAAAGAUGACACCAACAAAAUACAGGUAAAGGAAAACCCAAAAGUGUCUGCAAAAAUUUCAACUAAAGCAGCAACCAAUGCAACGCCGAAAGAACCCUUAAAAGAGAGGAAAUCCACAGCUAAAGAGACCCUUCAGGCCCUCCCUAAAGACAGCGCAAAACCUAUGACUAAACAUGCCAGCAAGUCCACUGUUGAAGAAUCAGCUCAACUACCUUCGAAGGUAAUUUCUAGUGAAACUAUUAAACUCCGUAAAGCAGCUCCAAAAAAUGGCCAAAUGAUGACACCAAAAGAAAGUCCAAGAAUAUCACCAAAACAGAGCCCUAAAAUAACCCCAAUAGUGAGUCCAGCCUCCACACCCAAAGAGUCCCCUAAAGAGUCCCCAAAAGAAUCCCCAAAACAGUCCCCGAUGGUUAGUGCUAAGGAACCCUUACAAAUGACAAUUAAAGAAGUUUCAAAAGUUGCUGGGGAGGAAAUAACCCAAGAAGCUUCAAAAGUUCCAACAAAAGAGAUAACUCAAGUACCACAUAAGGAGACUAGUAAUAAUACGGCCCCUAAAGAGGAUUAUAGCCUUCCACCGAAAGAGGCCCCAACAGCAGCUCCGAAAGAAAGCCCUAAGGUACCAGUUAAAGAAACCCCUAAAACAGUAAUCUCUCAAGAUGCGCCUACACUGGUUCCUAAAGAUACUCCUAAGGAAACAUCAAAAGUUGUUUCUAAAGAAACAUUUCCUGAAAUAGAUGUCAAUCACAGCUUUCACCAAAAUCAAAGUAAAUCCACGACAAUGUACCGCAGUCAAAGCGAGAUUCGAACAGAGAAGGUGGAAGAGGUGCCCAAGUCAUGGAGCAGUAGGCUCAGCAUAGACCUCAGUGAGAAGUCCUUUGGUUUUGGCUUUGGUUCAACACUACAAAGGGCAAAAUCAGCUCUGGAGGUAGUGUGGAAGACUGGUCCUCAGAAUACUCCUCCACCUCCUCCACCUCCUGAGGAACCUGCAAACUCUUCAUCCUCAUUCAUGGGGCGUUUCCGCACACUGUCCACCUCUACAACUAACAACUCCGCCUCGACAGUUGUCUCACCUUCUCACAAAGAACCUGUUUACCACAAAGCAGAGGAGGAAAAGGUAGCUUCUGAGGAAGAAGUUGUUGAACAAUCAGUGGACAAUGAGACACACUAUGUUGAGGUGAUGGAACAGGUUUUGGCUAAUUUGGAGAACAGGACUAAUGUAGAUGAAAGUGAAGACUUUGCACAGGAAUGUGAGACUUCUCAGGACAAUGAUGCAGAUGAGGAUGGUCAGUCCUCUCAGGACAAUGUCCCUCAGGAUUUAGACACCGCUCAAGAUUUCAGCGCAACCAGAGACAAUGACAUAAGUCAGGAGGCGCAUGUCCUGGAGUAUGACUGCAGGUUGGACGAGCAGUAUGACGAGGAGUACAGUGAGGAGUAUGAAACCAAUGUAACUGAGGACACAGCUGAAUAUGACGCCAUGGUGGAAUAUUUGGACGUGGAGGAACACGACGAGACAGAGGACAAUGACGUAACAGAGGAGAUGGAAGAGGGAGAUGAGGAGAUUGAGGAGAUAGAGGAGAUCAUUGAGGAGGCUAUUGAGGUGUCUGAAAAAGUUGAAGCACAUGGGGAUGAGAGUGAAAACAAAAAUGCUUCAGAGGAAAAGCCUGCCGAAGCACCCCAGAAGAAGCGGGUACGGCCGACAUUUAAGGAGGCGGCUCUGAGGGCCUACCGGAAACAGAUGGCUGAAUUGGAGCAACAGAUCCUGGCAGGAGACUGCAGCGCUUUGGAUACUCAGCCUCGCAGUAUUUUGGACCCCAAAGUGCUCGGCUUGCAGUCUGGAGGGGCCGGCAGUAUUCUUUAUGGUAUUGACAGCAUGCCAGAUUUACGCCGCAAGAGGACAGUGCCUCUUGUCCGAGACCUGGCAGGCAUCUCGUUCGCUCUGGUGAACCGCUCCACCCUAAAUAACGAGGACUUGAAACUACACGUCUUCAAGAAGACCCUCCAGGCCUUGAUUUACCCGAUCUCUUCCACAACACCUCAUAACUUUGAGGUGUGGACAGCCACCGCACCCACCUACUGCCAUGAGUGCGAGGGGCUGCUAUGGGGCAUCGCCCGUCAAGGCAUGCGCUGCUCCGAGUGUGGCGUUAAAUGCCACGAGAAGUGCCAAGACCUGCUCAACGCAGAUUGUUUACAGAGGGCCGUGGAGAAAAGCUCCAAGCAUGGAGCAGAGGACAAGACCCAGAACAUUAUCAUGGCCAUGAAAGAGCGAAUGAAAAUCCGGGAGAAGAACCGUCCCGAAGUGUUUGAGGUGAUCCAGGAGAUGUUCCACAUCUCUAAAGAGGAAUUUGCCAGCCAUCUAAAAACAGCAAAGCAGGCUGUGCUUGAUGGUACCUCCAAAUGGUCCGCUAAAAUCAGCAUCACUGUCAUGAGUGCGCAAGGGCUCCAGGCCAAGGACAAAACAGGCUCCAGCGACCCAUAUGUCACCGUCCAGGUGGGGAAGACCAAGCGCAGGACAAAGACAAUUUUUGGCAACCUCAAUCCGGUGUGGGACGAGAGGUUUUACUUCGAAUGUCACAACGCCACGGACCGCAUCAAGGUGCGUGUGUGGGACGAGGACGACGACAUCAAGUCCAGGGUGAAGCAGCAUUUUAAGCGCGAGUCGGACGACUUCCUGGGACAGACUAUCAUUGAGGUCCGCACGCUCAGCGGGGAAAUGGAUGUUUGGUACAAUCUAGAUAAGAGAACGGACAAAUCCGCCGUAUCCGGCGCCAUUAGACUCAAGAUCAGUGUGGAGAUGAAGGGGGAGGAGAACGUGGUCCCGCCUCAUGGCCAGUACACCUGUUUACAUGAGAACCUGUUCCACUACCUGACUGAGGGCAGGAACAACGGCGUGGUAAAGAUCCCGCAAGUGAAAGGUGAAGAAGCAUGGAAAGUCUACUAUGACGACGUGUCCCAGGAGAUAGUGGACGAGUUCGCCAUGAGAUACGGGGUGGAGUCCAUCUAUCAGGCUAUGACGCAUUUCUCCUGCUUGUCCGCCAAAUACAUGUGUCCCGGUGUGCCGGCAGUGAUGAGCAACCUGCUCGCUAAUAUCAACGCCUACUUCGCCCACACGACCACCACCACCACUACCACUGCCUCCGCUUCGGACCGAUUCGCUGCUUCUAAUUUUGGGAGGGAGAAAUUUGUGAAAUUACUGGACCAGCUGCACAACUCGCUGCGGAUCGACCUGUCCAAGUAUCGGGAUAAUUUCCCUGCCGGAAACCAAGAGCGUCUUCAAGACCUGAAGUCCACUGUGGAUCUUUUGACCAGCAUUACCUUCUUCAGGAUGAAGGUACAAGAGCUCCAGAGUCCACCCAGAGCCAGCAUGGUGGUGAAGGACUGCGUGAAAGCCUGCCUGGACUCCACAUAUAAAUACAUCUUUGAUAACUGUCACGAGCUGUACAACCAGCUGCUGGACCAGAGCCGGAAGCAAGAUCUCCCACGUGAAGAACAAGGGCCGUCUAUCAAGAACCUGGACUUUUGGCCCAAGCUCAUCACCCUCAUGGUGUCGGUCAUAGACGAAGACAGGACAGCCUACACACCAGUCAUCAACCAGUUUCCACAAGAGCUGAACGUGGGCAAAAUCAGCGCUGAGAUGACGUGGACCCUCUUUGCCCUGGACAUGAAGUAUGCAAUGGACGAACACGAUAAGCACCGCUUAUGCAAAAGCACUGAAUACAUGAAUCUUCACUUCAAAGUCAAAUGGUUCCACAAUGAGUACGUGCGCGAAUUGCCAGCCUUCAAGGGGGUUCCGCCGGAGUAUUCUCUGUGGUUUGAACCGUUUGUCAUUCAGUGGCUGGACGAGAAUGAAGAUGUGUCCAUGGAUUUCCUUAAUGGAGCUCUGGAGAGAGACAAGAAGGACGGCUUCCAGCAGACGUCCGACCACGCCCUCUUUUCCUGUUCGGUGGUGGAUGUGUUCACGCAGCUCAACCAAAGUUUUGAGAUCAUCAAGAAGCUGGAGUGUCCCAACCCUCAGGCUCUGGCUCACUUCAUGUGCCGCUUUGCAAAGACUAUCAAUAAGGUUCUUCUGCAGUAUGCUGCAAUCAUUUCCAAGGACUACCCUUUGUAUUUGAAUAAGGAGAACGUGCCCUGCAUUCUUCUCAACAACAUUCAGCAGCUCCGAGUCCAGCUGGAGAAGAUGUUUGAGUCCAUGGGAGGCAAACAGGAGGAGGGGGUUGUGUCCUUCUGUAAGCUGGAUGCAGAGGCCAGUGAUCUGCUGAAGGAGCUGCAAAACAAACUCAACACCGUGUUGGAUGAGCUCAGCGGCGUGUUAGGCUCCAGUUUCAAACCAGUGAUUGAGGACUGUGUCAAGCAGAUGAACCAGGAGCUGGUCCAAAUGAAAGGUUCAGCCAAGGGUAGCAACGCUGCUAUGGAUGCGGAGACCGUCCUCCGGCCUCUUAUGGACCUUCUGGAUAAAAAUUUGAUGUUGUUCGCCAAGAUAUGUGAGAAGACGGUGCUGAAACGGGUUCUCAAAGAGCUUUGGAAGAUUGUGCUUAACACCAUCGAGAGGACUAUCGUCUUGCCUCCGCUGACCGACCAGAGCCAACAAGGAGCUCAGAUGAUCUUCAAUGCUGCAAAGGACUUGGGCCAAUUGUCCAAACUGAAGGAGCACGUCACCCGAGAGGAAGCCAGAAGUCUGACUCCACGUCAGUGUGCAGCCAUGGACCUCGUGCUUCCCACUAUCAAGCAAUAUUUCCAUGCCGGAGGAAACGGUCUGAAGAAAACCUUCCUGGAAAAGAGCCCUGAUAUGAAGUCCCUCAAAUAUGCGCUUAGCCUUUACACUCAACCUACAGAUGCCUUGAUCAAGAAAUAUAUAUGCACCCAAACCUCUCAAGGUCAGUCAAGUAACGGCUCGGUGGGCGAGGUGUCCAUACAAGUGAACCUCAUCUCUCAUCCCGGCACCGGGGAGCACAAAGUCAGCGUGAAGGUGGUCGGUGUGAACAACCUCCUCUGGCAGACCAAUGCCAUGUUCCGGCCGUUUGUGGAGGUCAACGCCAUCGGGCCGCACCUGGCUGACAAGAAGCGCAAAUUCAGCACCAAGACCAAGAACAACAACUGGUCGCCCAAGUACAACGAAACAUUCCAAUACAUCCUGAGCAACGAGCACGGGCCGGAGACGUACGAGCUGCACGUGUCAGUGAAGGACUACUGCUUCGCCCGCGAGGACCGCAUCGUCGGCAUGACGGUGAUCCAGCUGCGAGAGCUGGCCGACUCGGGCAGCUGCUCGGCCUGCUACCCGCUGGUAAAGAGCAUCUCCAUGGACGAGACGGGCCUCACCAUCAUGAGGAUACUCUCUCAAAGGACCAACGACGAGGUGGCCAAAGAGUUUGUGCGACUCAAGACGGACACCCGCUCGGCGGAGGAAGUGUCGUAAUACGGACAAGAGGGCAGGGGAAAAAAAAAAAAACAGUAUUCCAAGUGGUGUUCCGAGUGGUUGUUCUUUGAGAUGAUCCAAAGAGAACAAGCGAGCGAGCAACGGGAGUCGUGUUUGUUUUUUGUGCAUGUGCGUAAAAACAUCUGUUGGAAUGUUCAUUUGAAUACUACAAGUACGUACAAGUGUUUACUUACCGUAUGCUUACUAUUAAGUACUAUAUUCUACCACUUACGUUAAAACCAGACACGGAGAUACCUUUUUGUACAACAUUUAGUCUUUUUGAACUGAGAUUUGUUCCAAUAAAGUGCCAAACCAGUGGAGUUCAAAAUAAAAAAAAAAGAAACAAAAAUAGAAGAAAACGCGUAUACAAAUUACGGCGAUGAACUUAGAACAGUAUGUUGGAAAUUUGCUCGAUUAUUUUGUCCGGUGUAAGUCACUUUCUGACCGUGUGGCGUUCUGAUUGUUGCAGAGUCUUGUUUUUUUUCACCACGCAGUAUGUGUAGGGCCUCGCUGUUUUCAUUUGUUUUUGUUGUAUUUAGUUUUUUCCACCAAAUGUCCACCCAUCAGUUUUGGAGUCCACUUGUUUGUUUGUUUUGUUAUUGUAUUUUUUUAGGGGUCCCUUGUUUUUUUUGUUUUUUUAUGUAUUUUAGUUUUGUCCACUCUGCAGUAUUUGUGUACUUUUUUUUUUUUUUUUUGCCAUGCAGUACUGUUUUCUCUUCUUCUUUAUUAUUAAAUCAAAUAUGUAUAAAAAUCAUUAUAAAUAGUUUUUAAAUUGUAAUUUAAUUAUAUUUAGAUAUAAUUUUUUGAAAUUUUAAUUACAUUACAUGUAUUCAUUUGUAUUAUUUUUUGCUACCUUGCACUUUUUAUUUAUGCGAGUGAUUUUGUGUUUAGCUUUUUCAAAUGAUUGCCACCCAUCACUGUUGUGCAUGUCCAAAAUGUUGUGUUAUUUCUUAUACCAUGUGUCCAGUCACCACCAAGCAGGGCCCUGACCCAUUUUUGCCUUCUUUGUAUCGUAAGUCCACCCAGAGAAGAACCACAUAUUUGUUUCUGUUUUUACGGCGAUGACUGCUAAACAAACCUCGUAAUUUUCUAAUCAUGACAGUUAAUAACAGCAGCCUUUGGCAAAUGAUGGACACAUUUUUUGUUGGACUUUUUUUCUGCACUUUUGUUCUUUAUACCCAUCAGCUUCCAGCCUUUCUAAAUGACCACUGUGAACAUGAGCUUUGAAAGGCAAGCUUUGAACAUCAUUUAUUCAUGUCAUUCUCUCAUUCAUCUCGUCUGAUGGUUCAGUUCCUUACAAACUGCCAAAGUCUAUUCGAAUAUUUGUACAAAAGCAAUCCAUUCCAUGUAGGGAGCUAUACGGUAUAUAUGUACAUGUGGAAAUGUCGAAAUGAGAGUUGCACAUGGUACUGUAAAAAAAAAAAAAAAAAAAAAAAACACACAAAAAAAACAUUCUGAGCUUCUGCCAUUUUAUUUUUUUAUUAUUUCUUUGUCUUCAUUAAAAGGAAAGAGUUUAACAUUUUGGUAAAUAUGCAACAUUCCUAUGUAUUGCACUGAUGGCAAAUUGUAUGUCAUGUAAAUAUAUUUAGUGAGAUAUUGUACAAAAAGUCUACUUUUUCUUCAAUGUGCAUAAAGUAUGUGCUAAUGUA